GGGUACGCAGUCUUAUCCGAAAUACCGCCGCGGUCGCAUCACGAUCGCGCUCAAACUUGACCCAUUUUACUUGCGAGGUUCUUGAAGGAAAAAAAAUGUUUGGGAGAGUUCUUUUUUUUGUCGACGGAUAGAGAUUCUGGAUGUUCUGGAUCGUAGUGGAAAGGUGCAGACUAAAAAAAAAGCGACGCACCGUGUAAUAAAAGGCACUUUGGAAAAAAAACAACAACAAAAAGGAAAUAAAACAUAAAUAGGUGAAAAAAACGUACAAUAAGAAUAAUAAGGAAUAAAAAAUACCACGCUGAGUGCCAUUCGUUGUUCUCUCUCGCACUCUUGUUCCCUUCCAUUUUUUUUAUUCCUCCUCGCAUCUCAUUCUCCGCGAUCUUCAAUUCGUGAUCUCCAACUGACCAAGUCUCUCAGUUUCCACGGAGAAGCCAAACGAUAAAUACUCGCGUCUCAAUUUUUCUCGCGCGCGUCCUUCACAGUCUUCUCCAAAUUUAGACCCUUGGUGCUCAGUGAGAUCUUCCCUCUUAACAGAAAAUUCCUGUUCUUCCCAAACGCCCACGCUUUCCCACCAAAAUCCCAUUAGUGUUCGAUUGCGUCUCGGAGGUGGCGGCUCAUUCAGGUGCACUGUAUAGAAAAUUCUGUGUUAUCAUUCCCAUGAAAGAACCCAAGUACCUUCGCGUGUAUGUGUGGGACACAGCAGGUGGAGAAUUUCACUUCUAGUGCCGUGGAGUUUAGUGUUUGAAGUGAAUUUCGUGGGUGCACAACCGAUAAGUCUCCGAAGAAUAGGCUCAUGAGUGAUAAGACAUUCCAUUGAAGGAACAUCUCCCACGACUGAUUUCCGCUCACAGAAUCACUUUCACGGAUUCAGUGCAACGCACGUCACAAAAAUGGUCUCGCAUCGGGGAGUUGCAGUAAAGGGAAAUCGCUGGUAAAAUUGUGUUGAACAACAAAAAAGUCCAUCCGACAAAAGUGAAUUGUGCAAGCAAAUUCUACGGGGAGAAAUUCGAGAAUAGUGCCAAUUGUGUAGUGGAAAGAAGGGAACCACGGAGGAAAAAAGAGAUAGAAUUAUGUGUGGUGUAUAUUUAGUCUCCCCUAAAGUGUCCCUUAAAAUUUGAUCAGUUGCGGAAGAAGCCAAAAAUGCUGACCAAGAAGCGUGUCCAUGCUCUCACCCUCUGCUCAAUCCUCAUUUGCAGCCUUCUCAUUUCUGGUAGUGCCCAAGACAUAGUGAAGAGACGGACCAGCAAUGUAUGUCAGUCGAGCAACGAUUGUCCACCAAAUGCGUACUGCGAAUACAAUUCUGAUCCUCUGGAUACUGGUCAGUGUGUGUGCAAUCCAGGCUUCAUAAUCGUGGCUGAACACAAGAAACGCGAGUGCUAUCCGGUGGCUAAAAAUCUAGGGGAUUCCUGCACCCAUGACGAUCAGUGCCAGAUGGCCUUUAGCACGGAAUCGGAGUGCUUUCAGGGCACGUGCGACUGCAAAUUGGGCACGCACUUUGUCAGGCGCGAAAACACCUGCUACAAAAGUGUCAAAAUCAACGAUUGGUGCCGCCUGACAAACAAUUGCCUGGGCGAAGGAACGGUCUGUAGGUCAGGAGUGUGCCUGUGUCCCUUCAAUAAGCAUCCCAAUGAGGAUUUCACGGAAUGCGAAGAUGACAUUCAAUUGGGCGAGCCCUGCUCGAGGGAUUCUCAGUGUGUGGCGAACAAUUCGCGAUGUCACGAUAUCUGUCGAUGUCGCGUGAGUCACGUUCUAAGUCACGAUCGCACGAAAUGCCUCAAAAUUGCCGAGCAUUUAUACGACGAAUGUGAGGAGUCUAUUCAGUGUACUUAUCAGCUCAAUUACUCAAGCUGUGAAUUUGACUAUGAUUCAGAGACGGUGGGAAAAUGCAAAUGCCGACCGGGAUAUCAUCAAAGCACUAACGGGGCGUGUUUUGUGUCAGUAGAAGUGGGAGGAAUCUGUGAAGUGGACGAGAAUUGUUCCUUGGACCCCUUCUCUCUGUGCCAGGAAGGCCGAUGUGUCUGCAUGGAAGGUCUUGUAAACAUCAACGGCGAAUGUUCCUCAUCAUCAAUUCUUUCACUUCCCACAAAACUCCUCGCAUUUCUCACACUUUCACUAGCACUAAUUCUCUUAAAGUAAACACCCAAAACUCCAUGUGAAAGAGUCUACUGUCCAGUCAAAGAAAGAGAUAAUCUCUAUCGUUGUUGCCAAAUACUAAAUUUUAGUAAAGAAAUUUGUGUAAUUAAAAUCUUCCCCUACAACCUGCAAAGAAUAUCUCCCUAAUUUAUUUUCUUACAUUUUAAGGGUCAGCAAAGAAAAAAAAAGAUUUGUGAAGAUUUUUUUUGUGUAUAAUUUAUUAGAUAAAAAAAAUUAUGUAAAAAUACUUUGUUGUUAAUAUUGCUUAAGAGUCUAUCAUCAAAGAGGCAUAUAGAAAAUAAACUAAUUCAAGACAAAAA